AUGCUGGGAUCUUUUCUUCCAAGGGUUCUUCUGAUGGUGUUUGGUUACGCUUAUCAGGCUUAUGAGUGCUGUAAGACUCUGGAGCAUACGCCAGAGAUUGGGCGACUUCUGUUCUGGUGCCGAUACUGGAUAGUAGUUGCUAUGCUCACUGUGUUGGAGAGAUUUGGGGAUGCUUUAUUUUCAUGGUAA